AUGGCUGCGGGCUGCCCUAUCCCUCCGCUCGAAUUGGAGGUGCCGACGGAGCGGCAGGUUGCCGAAGUUGCACCACCGCAGAACUCGGAACGAGCACGUUUCGUUGACCAGGAGCUCGAUGCCUAUUUGCAACGGCAUCAUGCCGAAUUGAAGGAGCUCCUAAAAGAUUGUGUUGCUGCCCUUGGCGAUUUGACAAGGAGCGAUGAUAGAGUCUUCAAUUGCCCUUCCCCAGUGUCAGGGGCGAGUUUGGGAGAGAAUCGGCAGGUCAAGGUCACUCUUCGCAAUGCCGAUGAACUCCUGGAAGACACUGCCGGGCUUUGCAUGUGCCAAGUCAAGGGCAGUGGCUCGGACUCUUGCCUCCUCGCUGUGGGGCUGGGUGCUGAGCCCGAAGUUUCGGGUGUUCUGCACGAUGCGCGAGCGGGCGAUGCGGUCCUGAUCUCUCUGUUCAAGGAUUCGGUUCUUCCUGAGAACCUGUUGGGCGAUGUCACGGUGGAUUCUGACAUGGUCUCUGCUGGCUAUGAUGGUUCCCUGAUGCUGCCGCUCUCUGCUGGCGGAGAGGUGGCCUGUGCUCUGAAAGUUGCCCCGGAAACGCAGGUGUCUUCUUCCAAGGUUUGGCAUGACAAGUCCUCCAAAAGUCCGUUGGGCCGACGGUGGCAGCUUCUUGAUGACAGCGUGCCGCAGCAGGUGGCAGUCAAAAGCGAGCCUGUAGCUGCAGAAGGACCGGAACUGGAGCCCAGUCCUGAUGAGAACUUUGCACUCGUCAUUGUCAAGAGCCAGUGGUUUGACCGUCUAUGCGCUUUUCUGAUCGUCAUCAAUGCCGUGAGCAUUGGGUUUGAGGUUGAACUUGCUGCGACAAACUCUAUGCCGUCCUCUGCUACGCCUUUCCGCAUAAUGCAGAUCAUGUUUGCACUGCUGUUUGGCUUGGAGCUGUGUUUUCGUAUGGUGGCCUACAGAGGCCGGUUCUUUACAGAUCGUGUAGACAAACCAUGGAAUGUCUUUGACACGCUGAUCGUAACACUCUCCACAGCGGAGAUCAUGCUCAGCUGGGUCAUCGAAGACAGCACUGCAACUUUAUCAGUUGCACGUUUUGCGAGAAUCAUACGGGUGGCUCGUAUCAUCCGCGUGACGCGCUUUUUUCGUCAGCUGCGCACUUUGGUUUACACUAUACUACACACUCUGACGUCUCUUUUUUGGACAGUGCUGGUGAUGGUCAUCAUCAUCUACCUAUUCUCCGUGGGAAUUACUGCUGCCGUGACUGAGCAUUUGCAACAGUCUGAUCCAUCCGCACAACGAGACCGACUUUGGGAAGACUUUGGCACGCUUGCACGCACCGCCUAUACGCUCUUCAAGACAGUGUCCGGUGGCGUUAGUUGGGGAGAACCAGCAGCUGAUCUUCUUCCUGUUGGACCUUUGUAUCUGUUUCUGCUGUUGAUCUAUGUCAUGUUCAUGCUCUUCUGCAUGGCCAACGUGGUAACUGGGUUUUUCUGUGAGCAUGCAUUCGAGAUGGCGCAGGCAGACAAAGAUCAAGUGAUUAUGGAUCAAAUUCGGUUACGUGAAGACCACAUCCAGACAUUCAAGUCCAUGUUGGCUGGGCACGUUGACUUGGAGGAGGAGGAAAGCAUAACCUUUCCUCAGCUGGAGGCCCUUCUGAAUCGAGAGGAUAUGCAAGCCUAUUUAUCGCACUUGGACAUCACGGUUGAGUCCACUUGGAGCAUGUUCAAGCUUCUGGACACAGACGGCAGUGGAGAGCUGUCAAUUGAGGAGUUUGUGGAUGGCUUGCUGCGACUGAAAGGGCAGGCCAAAACCAUUGACCUGGUUGGCAUUAGCUAUGACAUCCGACGGCAAGCUAUAGUCUUGGCAGAAUUUAUGGCGUUCGUAGAAGACCAGUUCGAUGAAAUCUUGGCAAGGCCAACCAUCUCAGGUGCUUCGCCCG